AUGCAAAAUAUUGUCGGAAGUACAACAACUGCAUCUAAUGGAGACAAUAAUAAUUUUUCAUUACAACAUUCAAACGGUAAUACAACAACAUCACCAUAUGAAGGCAAUUAUCAAGUUGAUAUAUCAUCAACAAAUUUUGAACUUGAAUCAAUAACAUCAUCCUAUACUGGUCUUGUACGUAUUUAUCGUUUGUUAUAUGUAGCUGAACAUUGUUUAGCAUUACGUAAUGAAGCAUUUUUAGCAAGUCUAAAAUAUUUACAAGAAACACAUUUUACAAAUCUUUAUAAACAAAUACUUGAUGAAAUUAAAAAACAAAAUAUUUCAUUGCCAAAUGAUUUCGAUACAGCAUGGUAUGAACGAACACAACGUAAUUAUAUACAUAAACUUGAAAAACUUGAUACUGAUUUAAGAAAUUUUCGUACAAAUUCAAUCAAAGAUUCGAUACGUCGUGGUCAUGAUGAUCUUGGUGAUCAUUAUUUAGAUGCGGGAGAUUUUUUUAAUGCUGUUCGUUGUUAUGUACGUUCAAGAGAUUAUUGUGUGACACCAAGACAUAUGAUAACAAUGUGUAUGAAUGUUAUAAAAGCAUCAUUUUAUAUGCAAAAUUGGUCAAAUGUUUUAUCAUAUGUUAAUAAAGCUGAACAAGCUAUUGAAAGUCUUGAAACAACAGCUAAAUCAACAACUACCACACCAACAAUGGUUAAUUCAAUGGAAGUAUCAAAUACUUCAACAACAGUUACAUCGGAUGCAGUAUUAAUUUCACGUUUAAAAGUAUAUGCCGGUAUUGCUGAAUUAGCAACAAAAAGAUACAAAUUAGCAGCACGACAUUUUCUUAGUGUUUCAUUUGAACAUUGUUCAAAUCAUUUUCAAGAUCUCAUCUCACCACAAACAUUAAUUCAAUAUGUUUGUUUAUGUAGUUUAGCAACAUUUGAACGAUCAGAAAUUCAUCGUUUAAUUUUAAUGUCAAUAAAUAUGAAACAAUAUCUUGAAUUAGAACCAUCAAUUCGUGAUAUAUUUCAUAAAUUUUAUGAUACAUCCUAUUCAUCUUGUCUUGCUAUAAUGUCACAAGUUGAAUCAAUAUUUGCAUUAGAUCAAUUUUUAGCACCAAAUUUACGUGCAUUAUAUUAUGAAAUACGUCAUAGAAUAAUUAUAACUUAUUUUUUACCAUAUAAAAAUGCAAGUAUGACAACAAUGGCAAAUCAAUUAAAUACAACAAUUGAUAUACUUGAAGAUGAACUUGUUCAUUUAAUUCGUUCAGGAAAAAUCAAAGCACGUAUUGAUUCAAAAAAUAAAAUUUUAUAUGUUGCUGAUACAGAUCAACGUUGGUAUGCAUAUCAACAUGCAUUAACAAUAACAAAACAAUCAGAAAAAUUAAGUCGAGCACUUUUAUUACGUUCAGCUAUAAUCAAAGCAAAUUUAACUGUUCGAGAUGAAUCAAUAUCAAUUCGUUCACCAAAUAAUAAUAAUAAUAAUAAUGCUUCUCGUCGACAAAUUGUACCUAAUGUUGCUGGUAGUAUGAUAAUGGAUACGGAUGAAUUAUCUGAUGAAGGAGCAAUGUAA